AUGACCGAAAAUGUGACUAUAAAUAAUAAUAAUACAAAUAAUACAAAUAAUAAUAUAAAUACGAAUAAUAAUAAUACAAUAACCAAUACUGUAAAUAAUAAUAUAAAUAAUGUAAAUAGUAAUAUAAACAACAAUAACAACAAUGGUAGUAGUAAUAAUAAUAAUAAUAUAAAUAAUAAAGAAAAAAUAGCAUUAUCAAAUAGUAAUGUUAGCAGAGUGGAGAGUUCCUCAUCAGUAUCGUAUGAACAUUCAGAUUGGAAUAAAGUAUAUAAUAGCGAAAGGGAAAAACUAUUAAAUAUAAAUAAAGAAAUUCAAAGUAUUAAAAGACCAUCUACUACAAUUGUUAGAGUUAGUCAAUUGGACUCUGCAAGAUUAGAUGAAGAAAUUUUAGAUUUGUUAAGAUCACAAUUUAUGAAAAUAUUUUCAUUUUUUAAACCAAAUUUUAUACAAAGAUUUCAACCAGAGAUAAAUGCAAUUUUAAAAUCAAUUAUAUUUAAAUUGUCAAUUUUCAAUUUAGGUACAACAUAUGGCAAUCAAUUGCAAAACUUAACUUUUAGAAAUGAGAAGGCCUUCGAUCCAAAUCGUGGUAGUGAUCAAUUGACUAAACUUACAUUACGACAAAAAUGGUUAUCAGGUUUAAUCAAUAUAGGAGGUGAAUGGUUGUGGACUAGACUCAAUAGAUACUCAAUUAAAGAAGGAUGGAGUGAAAGACCCUCCACCGAUUUCCGUAAACGUCUAUGGAACCUAAUGAACUUUCUCGAAUCAUCCUACAAGGCAUUAUCAAUACUAAACUUUUUAGCAUUCCUCUAUGACGGUAAAUACGUAACAUUGGUCAACCGUGUACUUCAUAUGAGACUGGUCUAUGCACACCCAACAUUAUCUCGUAACAUUUCAUUCGAAUAUAUGAAUCGUUUAUUGGUUUGGCACGGUUUCACAGAAUUUAUACUAUUCAUUAUGCCAUUGAUCAACAUUGAUCGUAUCAAAAGUUUCCUUUACAGAGUAUUAAUUAAAAACUCGUUUGGUUCCAACACAUCCUCUUCAUCCGCCUCCUCAUCCUCCUCAUCAUUACAACAACUCCAAAAACAACAAUUAUUAAUUCAACAACAACAAAUGGUAUUAUCAAAAUGCCCAAUUUGCAUGAACGAUCCCAUUUCCAUUCCCUACACUUCAGACUGCGGUCAUUUAUUCUGUUAUUACUGUAUCAAAACAAGUUGUAUGAUUGAUUCCUCGUUUACAUGUCCACGUUGCAAUACUUUAAUUUCAAAUAUUAAAAGAUUUUCUAUAACCAAUAAUUAG